AUGUUUGUCAAGACUUUACGUAAUGAUUUCCAAACUCUUCAAAAUGAAAAUAAGGAACUUAAACAAAAGCUCAAUGAAAUUGAUGAUACUACGCGACAGCAUGAAGAAAAGGUUAAGAAAAUUUCCAUGAAGUAUAAAAAGAUCGAAGAAGACUUGGUAAAACUUCGUUUCGAAAGCACAACGUUCAAUAGCGAGUUUCAAGAUACUUAUUUAAAACAAUAUCACAAAUAUACUGAAUACGACAAAGAAAUCUUUGAAAAAUAUUAUCCCAAAUUUCAAGAUAAUUAUUUAAAGCUACAUGAUGAAUAUACUGAACUCAUGAAAAAUUACAGAGAUCUUUCAGAAAAAUAUUCAUCGCUUUUUUGGGCGAUGAUUUUGGUUAUAAUUAUUGACCUAGCAUCAGAGACAAGAUUUAUUCGUAACGAUUCUGAAUAUAUUCAUGUAUAA